GUGUUUGCUUUGUUUACUAAGAACAAUACCUUAAACUCCAUCUCAAUUUUAUAAGGUAUUUUUAUAAGAGUAAUUCAUAUUUGUACUUUGAUAGAAGAUGCAAGGGCCGCCUGGUACUUUUGAAGAAUUCUUACAGUCUCAGAAAUUGGAUGAUUGGCCAAGAUUUCCGUUUCUAGAUGAAGAUCGUCCUUUGGUGGACAAAUUAAGAAAUGACUAUUCAUUUGAUACUAUUUCUAAGUUUCUGUAUGAAAAUGCUCCACUACAAAUCAGCCGUGUCUCAGAUUUGGAGAAGAGAAUAGAUGAAUGCACAACUGAACUGAAGAAACAUGCUGAAAAAAUAUUUUCUUUUCAGCAAAGACCAACAGAGGAAGAUGACCAUCGUGUUUCACUAGAGCAAACCAAUGAUACUCAACUUACUGAUUCAGAAGAAAUUUCAAUUCAAACAGGCAAGAUGAGGAAAACAAAGAUUGUUAAAUAUAUCGCUGAGGAAUCAAGCAGAAAAAAUGUAAAGAAUUAUAGAUACCCAGGUUUCAAGUUAAAACAGCUUACAGAACUACCAAGACAUUUGGAAGCAGCAAAACUUUGGGACUUGGUUAUAAAAGCUCACAAUUUCAAAGGAGAAGUUUAUAAAGUUUGGAGAAAGUUGUUUCUCUCAGAAGCAUCUAUUGCUGUUUUACAGGAUUGUUUUUGGUGGUGGUUUCUUCAAAAGUUUAAGCCUAAUCAAGAAGAUCAAGAUUACUUGUUUGACAGAAUUGCAGACAGCUUUGUAUCACUUUUCCUGUGUGUCCCCAGUGAUACUAAAGAUGCUUUUUUUCAGGUGUAUCCUGAUUGUUUGUCACAAGUCAUCUAUGUUGCUUUCUGUGAAGCAUUUCCAGAAUCCAGUAAAUCUUUUGAUGAUGCAUUUAAAGAUGGACUAGUGGAUUUAAUUUUUCAGUGGGUAUCAGGUCUAAAGCCACAGAAAUUUGCUUGGAAGAAAUGGAAUCUAGAUGGCCUGAAGAAGCCCACAGUAAAUAGUAGCAAGAAAGAUACUGUUACCAAGGCACCAGUUAAGGGAUCUGGCAAAUCCAAAGCAGUCAUUGAAGCUUGUGAGUAUUUUUUAAAUGCACAGAAUGCAUUGCAGCAUGAAUAG